AUGUCUGCAGCUCUGGGGAAAGCGUCAUUGUUGAAACCCGAGAUACGCCUCGCUCAAGCAGUCUCCGAAUUCGAGGCCGGCCUCUCGACCGAGCAAAAAGCCACAUUCCGUACACUUAAGUCGCAAUCACGUUCAAGCACACCUGACCCAAGCGAUGUCAUGCGACUAACAGCCGAGAUGGACCGCUCUAUAUCGACUAAAUACGGCAGUCGGUGUUUUAGGCCUCGCUUUACGAACUUCCUUCAAGCUGUCCAGCGGUUUGUUGUAGUUGGAGAUGUUAUGGUUGGAGGGUCGCAAAACUUGAUAGCAUGUGGUGUGUGGUCGCUGGUGCGCAUGUCUUUACUGCUAUCCUCGAUGUUCAUGGCCAUUGGUCGCGCUGCGCCGCGUUACCAAACAAUGGCCUUGCUGUAUCCUCGAUCCAAGAAGCUCCAAUCACACCUUGCAGAAUACUUCAUCUUGGUAGUCAAGCUGUGUCAUUACCUAUUCAGAUAUGGACAAAAGUCUUCUAUCCGACAGUUCACGUCUUCACUGAACGAUACACUCCUGAAAACACUCCAAACAGACCUUGACAAGUGGGCAAACUCUAGCAGGGAAGAGAUGAAUUUGAUUGAAGCUCAAGAGAGUUCCAAAUUCAGGGCCUUUACCAUGGACAUGUUCAAAUCUGGCGCGCUCCAGCGGAGACAGGAAACUAAAAUGCGAAUACUUGACUUCUGCUCCAAAUACGACCACGAGACAGCAUGGAAACAGAUCAGAAAACUUGGCUACUCAUCUUUUCACACGCAAAACUCGGAGUAUCAAGAAUGGAAAACUAGCUUGCUUCCUAGAACACUGAUGUACACAGGCAAGCUGGGCUCAGGUAAAUCUGUACUACUAGCCAACAUCGUAGACGACCUUAAUCUCUCCACUGAAAAGGGACAGUCUACCGUAGCAUAUUUCUUCUGCAAAUAUGAUGUCUCGGAAAGCUUGCAGGCACAGACAAUUGUUGGCUCCCUGAUACGACAGCUAUUGUCUUCCAUCUCGGACCUCGGAGCACUUGCGAACCGCUGCGAAGAUACUCAGAACAAAGGAGGUGAUAUAGAAGAGCUGCUUGAAUCUCUGUUCCAAGGUUUUACUUCUGAACAGAAAGUAUACCUCGUCAUUGAUGGCCUGGACGAAUGCAACGUGGCGCAAAAGGAGAUACUGAUACACGCGAUCCGAAAGAUUCAAGACACACUCAAAGUCCGUAUAUGUGCUUCUAUCCGAGAAGAGGCAGAUAAUAGUCUACAAUCAAUCACCAGACAAAUCCGCGCUGUACGCGUCGUCUCGUUACCAGAUGAUAAUCCGGAUAUUGAGACUUUCAUUGAAACUGAACUAGAGCACCGCCUUAUCCAGGGAAUAAUGACGGUCGGGGAUCCAACUUUGAUACUGGAAAUCCAGGACGCUCUCUUGAAAGGCUCUCAAGGAAUGUUUCUUUGGGUCGCUCUUCAGAUAGAGACUUUGUGCAGAUUAAAGACCGACCACGCCAUGCGGGAAGCACUAGCAAACUUACCUAGAGAUCUUUCAGAGACAUUCUCAAGGAUCCUACACAAUUCCGGACGUUCAGAUCCAUCACUUCAAGUAAAAGUCCUACAGCUCGUCCUUACAGCUCGUCGACCAUUGACGACGAUUGAACUGCGUGAGGCUUUGAGCGUCAUUCCUGGAGAUGCUACCUGGGAUCCUUCUAAGGUCUUACAUGAUGUUUACUUAGCGCUGGCUUGCUGUGGAUGUCUUCUCGCUGUUGAUGAGGAAGAGUAUACAGUCCGGGUCAUUCAUCAUAGCGUUCAGCAGUACAUUCUCAACGGACUCGACAGCACGACACACCAGAAACUUACGGUCAAAGACGCGAAACGAACUAUGGCAGAUAUUACUAUAACAUAUCUUAACUAUGGUGUCUUCGGAACUGACCUAUCGAGAACAAAGAUUCUCCCAGUUAUGGCUGAAUCAGCGCCAUCCAAGAUCUUACAAGCCACCAUGGACUCUUCUAGCAGUGCACGCCAACUAGCUAUAAGAUUUCUCCAAUCAAGGCGACAACCUACAUUUGAUUUGAGCAAGAUCAUUACAGAAACGCUCAAGUCAUCUCAUUCCGAAGAUGAAACCUCGUUCAAGUUUUACAAAUAUGCAAAUAAAUAUUGGCUAGAGCAUUUGAGCUGUGACAAUGCUGAUGUGGGCGGCAUCAGAAGGAAGUAA